CUUUGUGCUAGCGGGCUGCAGGCAAACACUCGGGAGCUGGAAACAUCCACGGCACGACACUUUCUCUGCUGUCUGACCCCAGAGUCCUUCGGCUAUCUUCCCAGCGUUAAAGAAAGAAGCAGUUUUCUAUUGAUAUGAAGAUUUUAAUGAAAGAUUUUAAAGAACUGCAUCUGUAUUCUUCUGGAUUUUUUUCAUCACUAAAUAUUCUUUGUGACAAAAAUCUGACUUCAUCACCAUAUUUUUAAUAUUUAAAUAAAAGUUUAACUUUGUAAAUACCAACUUGUGUUUUUGUCCAUCUGCUUUUACGCAGAGGAUUUUUGCGUAAAAGGCGCAACGGUGCGCACUGGAGCUCGUCACUGCAGUCUGCUACAGUCUAAGUGGAGUCUGUGUGAGAGCAUGAUAAGGCUACAGUGUGGCAGUCGGACUCCAACCCGGCCUUCAUGAGCCCGUUGGCCGCGCUGCUGUGGCUCGGACGGGAUCAGACCGACGCGGCGCAGAUGGUGGCAAACCUGAGCGCAGCGCAGGAGGCGGGGACAGCGACCGCGGCACUGCACAACCUGCCUGCCCUGGUUUUCGGGGUGCUGCUGAUCGUCGUCAUCAUCUGCGGCAACUUGAUGGUGUGUCUGAGUGUGUUCGUCGAAAAGGCACUGAAAACCACCACCAACUACUUCAUCGUGAGUCUGGCAGUGGCGGAUCUGAUGUUGGCGGUGCUCGUGCUGCCGCUCUUCGUCUAUUCGGAGUUCCAGGAUGGUGUAUGGACCCUCAACACUACCAUCUGUGAUGGUCUCAUGACGAUGGAUGUUAUGUUGUGUACUGCCUCCAUCUUCAAUCUCUGCGCUAUCAGCAUUGACAGGUUCAUCGCUGUGUCAAUCCCGCUCAACUACAACAGGAAGCAUGUGGACCUGCGGCAAGUUGUUUUGCUGUCGGCCACCUGGAUCCUGGCCUUGGCUGUAGCCUCGCCAAUCAUCUUUGGCAUCAACAAUGUCCCAGGCCGCGAUCCGAGGGAAUGUAAACUAGAGAAUGAUGACUAUGUUCUGUAUUCUUCCGUCUGCUCCUUCUUCAUCCCCUGCCCCAUCAUGCUGCUGCUGUACUGUGGCAUGUUCCGCGGCCUGCGACGAUGGGAGGAGGCACGUAAAGCCAAGUUGAAGGACAGCAUCCAGGCGUGCCGCAAGCUGCAGGAGGCCACAGCCACGUUGCCUCCUCUGGCUUCGCUGCCACCUCUGCUGCCUCCCAUUAUAGAGCGAGACCCAGCAGAUACUCUCGAUGAAGCAUCCACCUUGCAGUCCCCAGACCUGCCCCCGAACUCAACAGAGAACAAAGACGGCCCUGUGCCAGCGGUCAGUUUUGCAGAGAUUAAGUUCAACCACGACCCGCGCAGAAGAAAAAGGGCCAAGAUCAACAGCCGCGAGAGGAAGGCUAUGAAGGUGCUUCCUGUCGUUGUGGGUGCCUUCCUAUUCUGCUGGACUCCUUUCUUUGUCCUCCACACAAUGCGAGCACGCUGUCAAGAGUGCCACAUCCCGCCAGCCCUAAUGAGCGUGGUGACGUGGCUGGGCUAUGUCAACAGCGCCCUGAACCCCGUCAUAUACACUGUCUUCAACACUGAGUUCAGGAACUUCUUCAAAAAAGUCCUCCAGCGCUGUUGUUCAUAGAACUACCGGAGUGGACGCUGCUCCGUGGACCAUUCUUAAACGCACAACAGCUGCAAGAGAUGCUGCUGACUGUUGAUAUACUGUCUUUAGUCUGUUCAUGUUGCCAUGGUUUCCUUCCUCUGUGAGGUUUUUAUUUUUCUACAUUUGAUGACAGCAAAGUGUGUUUGAGCUUCAUGUUUCAUGUGAAGAAGCUAUUCUCUUAGUCUAUAAGGUGGAUCAAUAGCAUUUUUGCCAUACACAACUUAUUUUAUAUGUUGAAACUCAUCUUUUCAGAAUAAAUGUUUUUGCUAAAAAUACACAUUAA